AAAAGGAAACUCUUGAUCAAAACGUCCAAUUAAGAUAAAAUAAACACUAUAUAAUAACAGCAGUGUAUUCCUAUCAACAGCAAUAAAAAGACUGAUGUUAACAAUAAUUAAAGGCUACAAUAAAACAAAUAAAUACAUUGCAUACAUAAACAAGUUAACUGAGUUAAGUUCCAUCAACGUGGCAUAAGCAUGAUAAUAAAGCGGUUAUUUUAACAAAGGAAGUGACCCUCUCAGCCGUUACAGCACUUUAUCCUUUCGAAAUAAUUGGGUGAAACAGUUUGGUUUCCUCGUAUUUCCACAUCUUUAACAUGUCAUUGCGAAGACAUCGGUGUACUGGUCACACUCUCUCUGUCUUUCCCAGGAUGUCUCUCCUGCCUCUGGUCCUCAGCUGGACGGGCCCCUGUCAGGUCCUGUUGGUGCUCGGUUCAGGACUGGGAGCCGUCGUCGCAUUUUGGAUCGCGAGGCUGCUGCUGCGACACGCCUGGUACACGCACAGGCUCUCCUGCUUCAGCAAGCCACACGCCAACUCCUGGCUUUUGGGCCACCUGGGCCAGAUGCAGAGCUCAGAAGAAGGUCUCCUGCAGGUGGAUGACUUGGUGCAGAAGUACACACACUCCUGCAGCUGGUUCCUCGGCCCUUUUUAUCACCUGGUCAGACUCUUCCACCCCGACUACGUCAAACCUCUGCUUAUGGCACCUGCCAGCAUAACAAUGAAGGAUGAGCUCAUCUACGGCCAUCUGCGUCCGUGGCUUGGACAAAGCCUGCUGCUAAGCAACGGGGAGGAAUGGUCUCGCAGGAGACGCCUGCUGACUCCGGCUUUUCAUUUUGACAUCCUGAAGACCUACGUUGCCAAGUUCAACACCUCCACGAACACCCUGCACGACAACUGGCGCCACGCGGUCGCUGAGGGCUCGGCGUCUUUGGAGAUGUUUGACCAUGUCACUCUGAUGACACUGGACAGUCUGCUCAGAUGUGCCUUCAGCUACGACAGCAACUGUCAGAGGUCGACCAGCGAGUACGUGUCGGCCUUAGUGGAGCUGAGUGAGCGGAUAAUAGAGCGGCGGCACAACAUUCUGCACCACUGGGACUGGUUUUACUGGAAAACCGAGCAGGGAAAACGGUUCAGAAAGGCCCUUGGCAUCGUGCACAGCUUUACCAGAGAGGUGGUUCAGAAGCGUCGAGCUCUGAUCAACCAGCAGACAAAGUCGGACGCAGAUUUGACCCGAUCACAACAGAGGAAGAAAGAUUUCGUGGACAUCCUACUGCUGUCAAAGGAUGCAGAUGGACGCGGCCUAACGGAUGAGGAGGUGCAGGCAGAGGCCAACACCUUCAUGUUUGCAGGUCACGACACAACAGCCAGUGCGAUUUGCUGGACGCUGUAUAAUUUAGCACGCCACGAGCACUAUCAGGAGAAAUGCAGGCAGGAAGUGAUGGAUCUGAUGCAAGGACGAGACAGACACAAAAUAGAGUGGGAGGAUCUGUCCAACCUUCCCUUCACCACCAUGUGCAUCAGGGAGUCUCUGCGGCUGCACGCUCCUGUGCAGGCUGUGACCAGGAAGUACACCCGGGACAUGGCGCUGCCCGGGCAUCGGACCGUACCAGCCGGUGCCAUCUGCUUGGUCAGCAUUUACGGGACACACCACAACCCCGCAGUCUGGACCGACCCACACGAGUUUGAUCCCGAGCGGUUCGACCCCGCGCGCUCAGCGGACCGGCCCUCUCACGCCUUCAUCCCCUUCUCCUCGGGCCCCAGGAACUGCAUCGGGCAGAAAUUUGCGCUGGCGCAGCUUCGAGUCGUCGUGGCGCUGACCCUGCUCAGGUUUCGCCUGACCCCGGGAGAGAACCCCGACCUCGGGACCAGGCCCGGGGGGGUUCGCCGCCUCCCCCAACUCGUCCUGCGUGCGGAGGGAGGUCUGUGGCUGCGGGUGGAGGAGCUGAAGGAUGAAUGACACCGGAUGAAGAGGGCCGUUCUGUGUUGUUUCCUUAUCCCUAUUACAAAUGACCAUGCUUUGUAAUAACAAUACACUCUUGCAACACAUAUUAUUAUUCUAUUGACAUGAUUAGUGAUCGUAGUAGGUCGGUUUUGAAGAUUUAAAAAAAGAAUGUAUCCUCAUCCUAAAAAGUGAACUUUGGAGUAAAAUCACAAGUUUAAGAAAAUAAACUAAAUUGAAUGAGAAUGAAACACGGGACAACAUUCCAGGUCGUUGCAUUACUCUUUGGAAAAUAAAAAGUAAAAAUAAUCUUUGCAGAAAAAAAUAGUCACUAUAAUAUAUAAAUAUAUAUAUAUUUAUGCCCCACUGUUUUCCCUCACUGCAGCAAAAGACUCAAUCAGCUCAGUUGGGCAGAAUGAAAUGGUGACUGUGCGACUUUUUGCCCCCCCCUUUUUUUUACCCACAUGUGGAGUUUAUAAUAAUAUUUUAGGAAAACAACUCUAAUCUAUAAAAAAGGGUAAAUUUCAUUUAGUGUUUACCAUAUACGUUUUUUUCACCCAUUUGACCUAACGUGCCCACUCGAUUACCUAAUAACCGCAGGCCUAACAAAUAAUGUGAUAUUGCACACAAACACAUGCAACUAUGUGCAAAGACACCAGCGUUAAUACCUCUGAGGUCCAAUUACAGCUCCUCACCCUCCAGCAACAACAAGCGGAGAGGAACCUCAUUAGCGGAACUCACCUCCUUAAAGCGACACGUCUGAACCACCAGGGCGAUGAGAGGUGUUAAAAAAAAUAAAACUGUCGGCACGAAAACAGGUAAACAAGUCAAGUAGCGGCUGGUGACAGUCGGAUGUGUCCAAACCGGCCCAUUGAGGACAGAAUUCCAUACAGAACUAUAUUUGUGUGAUACUUAGUACACCUAAUGCAUGCAUUAAAGUGUACUACUGAGUAUUCCAUUGAAAUCCUCACUGUCACACAUUACACCGAGUGCAUUUGUUAUUUUUUUAUCCUUGAUUGUUGAGAGAUUUUCUCAAUGCCGUGAGCAUGACCUUCAUUAAUGCCCGACGUAGUAGAACGCAGAAGGUCCAGAACCAUCAGAACUCCUCUGGGCUUCUCACCCGGAGGCGUUUAAAGCCGCCGUGAGUUACAGCGAGCAAAGGCAAAGACCCGCAGAGGCCUUCACAGCGAGCAGAUUCCUGAGGAAAAGGGUGUCGGGUGUGUUUCAAACAUAAUCAACACUUCGGCUUUUAUUAUUAUGGAAACUAUAC